GAAGCACGAGUACCAUUCGGCUACCCACCACUAAAAUUUCUCGCCAAUAAUCACCACUAUGACCAUCGCAUUUAAUCCUGUUCCCAAGCUUGCCCUCCAAUUUACCCUCUUACCAUGAUAACACCUUUCAAUCCUGUUCCGUUACACAUACCGCCCGGCUACCUCCAUCUUAAGCUUGAAUGUUGGGCAUGGAGGCGAUCAUCGUCACCUGUCUGUGCACACAACUUGAGGCCAAGUGCACUUCCGACAACGGGCGAGCAUGACCUCCAUGAAGAAAAAGGUACCAUAUUUAGAUCCCGACCAUUGUAUCCUCAUCAAUUCGGCACCACUCAAUUCGCAAGCACUUUAACCCCGCGCCUCGAAUGCCAAAUCGGCAGUGUCCCCUGCCAGCGAAGACACCCGCCCAUAAAACGUUACAGGGAAGUGUCUUUUUCUCGGGCAAGGAAACAAGUAGCGUAUCCCUACCCUCUCGAAUUUCCUCCCUUCGGCAAUUUUGCACUCGAGUGUCAAACCGACUCCUUACACGUGUGUGCCAAGUGUCUUGCUAAAGCACUGGGCGGCCAAUGAUACCAGUGGCGCCAGUCCAUGGCAAGAACUUCCAAUGAGGUUCGACGGGGAAAAUUGCGUCCCUACAGCUGGUUACCAGCCAGAAGUGUUCGCCUGACGCACGCACGCACGGCACUGUACCUGAGUCAAGAAAAGCUUACUUAUGGAGGGGCAAUCAGAAAAACGCAACACAACGUCGGUCCAGGUCGUGGGGUGAUGGGAAAAGAGAUAAAUAGUGUGAUCGCCCCUCCUGUCCUCGGCGAUUGCGCGGUUAUCGGGCUCGUUAGGUACCGGCAGUCAGAUACAAAGGAUGAGGUUGACCUUGCUUGCUGUAUUCUGUUUUGCCACGGCCUGUUCAGCUAGGUUUGUCCUCUCCCUCGAGUUGGAAAUGUUCUUCUCUAACAGGUUUUCCAAGGGUUGUCCGGAGUGAACCGUGCACGACCAGCACGGCGACAUACACCCAUCGCAAUACCUCUCAGCUGAGAGCGUCUCCAUCAACACUCGAGUCUGAGCCGGAAACUGUGGCUAUAGCUACGGUCACUGAGAUAGUCACACAAACCACAACAAUAAUCCAAACUAAAACCCCGGCAAUCCCAUGUCCAGCCGUUUCGACUGGGGUCUUAAGUGUUUGCGCACCCCCUCCCCAAUAUGCAGGGAGACUCCACGCUAACGCGUAGAACAGUUCGAUGACCUCCCAACCCGCGGCGUCUCCCCAAUGCCCCUGGUCUACAAAAAUUUCACCUUCAUUAGCCCGGCCUGGCAAUAUUAUACCUACACCUCUACACCUCCGCAAACCCCCCUCUACCGCGCCAUCCCAGCCUCUUCCCGUCCUAAUGCCCUGACAGCUCAUAGCGAGGGCUUCCUCUCUAUCGGAGCUAUCGACCAAUCCUUCAGCUUUGACCUUCUCUCAGCCAAAAUUUUUGCAUUCACAAACGACGGCGAUGGCGACCCCUUACAUCUCCAAUUCGAGCUUGUACAUCGAGACGGAGGGGUAGAGAGUGUGUGGCGCACCACUGAGAACGGCUUUGUCUCGGGUAGGAAUUCCACGCUUGUGGAAUUUGGCAAAGGGGACGCUGGAAGAUGGGUGGACUUGAUAGAGGUGAAGCUCGCUGCGUGGGAGAAAUUUGAUAACGCUACUGGAGAAGGGAAUGGUGCCGUACUGGUUUUGGAUGACAUUGAGCAUUUCAAGAGGGUUUGUCCAGUAUAGUGGGGGUGAGGUGGAUGAAGGGGUGUUGUUUUACAGGCUGGUUCUGUGUGUAUUGCAUUGUUAAAUUAUUGUGUUAGAUGGUAAUGUGUAUUUUGAAUUAAUCUCGAAAUUUAUGGUGUUCUGCGAUGGCGGCUCCCCUGGAUCAGAGGCGGGUUAUUUGGUCUGGCUAGGAACAUAGGAAAUAUCCCCAAACCAAAAACACGAAUAUCCCCAUCCGUCGCAACCCACGAGGAAAACCUUGGCCAAUUGAUCACCGAACCCUCCUCUGCUAGUGUGCGGGAGGCCAGACCUGCGACUGAUCAGAAGCAAAUCCUAACAAGGGAAGGAGCAGGAGGCAGGGAGAAGAUCCGGAUAAUUUACAACCCCCCGGGAACGUAUCAAUAG